AUGACAUUUCCCGACGUAACCCCUGUGAUGGGCAUCCCGCAAACCAGCCCCGCCGUGUUCUGCACCUCCCUCCAAGCCGACACCAUCACUGUCUCCGUCACGGUCCCCAUGCCCGCCAGCACGUUCCCCGCCGUCACAGUCGACAGCGUCAGGACGGUCAGCGUCGACAUACCGGCCGCCGUUAGCAUCUCAACCGUCAACGUCCCAACCACUGUCAUGGGCCCCUCGGUAGUGGUCACCGACACGCUCGUCACGACCUCCAUGGUCACUUUGCCUGCGCCGCCGGCGCCGCCUGCGGACGUCUUCACCGUAACAGUGACCACGACCCUGUGCCCCGACAUGCCGGUCCCGCCCAUGUUGCCUGUCGCGUCUAACGUGCCGGAGGAGCCUUACGGCGAGACGGGCGUGCCGGACGUAAAUGCGGCAAGCGUGUCGCCGUCACCACCAGAGACGUCGAUCCUGACGCUGCCGUUAUUCCCCAGCACAGACGUGCCAGAGGAGCCAUACGGCAGGACGGGCGUGCCGGACGUGGUGCCCUUUGAGACGACGACGAUGAUGCUAGACGUGACGGUCCCGGUGGAGCCGACGACGACGACGACGAUGACCUCGUCCGUGAAUGUGCAGCCCAUGCCUGCGGUGCCGAUGACGACGCUGUCGACGACGACGGUUCUAACGACGGUGGGGUCCGUCGUGAGGACUGUGGAGGUUGUGUCGACGAGGACGACGAUGGUGGUGCCGGAGAUGUCGAUUCUUCCUGUGUCGUCUCCGCUGUUGAUGAGGCCGGCGGCUCCAUCGACUACGGUUGUUGUGGGUGUGCCGGUUGUGAACGAUGUCUCGACCUCCACGUAUAAUAGUGAUGUGCCGUCGACGCUCAUCACUGCGGCUCGCGAGAGUACGCCAACUGAGUAUGGUGGGCUGCCGAAUGUCGUUGACGUUGUUGAGGAGGAUGAUGAGGAAGAGGAGGAUGAUGGUGAUGAGUAUGGUGGUGAUGACAGUGACGACGUGGACAACGACAUGGACAAUGACAUGGAUGACGACAGCAAGUAAGGAGGGGCGGUAUGGAGAAGACAACGGUGUGUCUGUGUGAUUGUGUGGGAUAGGGAAGUGGGACGUAGGUCUCGGAAGCUAUGUAG